AUGUGCCACGUCUACGUGAGGGUGCUGUCCCACAACCUGUACACAGUGCUGUGCAUCCCCCACGACCCGGUGGCGCUGGAGGAGCAUUUCCGUGACGACGACGAUGGGCCCGUGUCCAGCCAGGGCUACAUGCCCUACCUCAACAAGUACAUCCUGGAUAAGGUGGAGGAAGGUGCUUUUGUCAAAGAAAACUUUGAUGAGCUCUGCUGGACCCUGACAGCCAAGAAGAAUUACAAGCCUGACCGGAAUGGGAAUAGUGUUGUGUCCCACCAGGAUGCCUUCAAGCUCUGGUGUCUCUUCAACUUUCUGUCUGAAGACAAAUACCCUCUCAUCAUGGUGCCAGAUGAGGUGGAGUACCUGCUGAAGAAGAUCUGCACAGCCAUGAACGUGGAGCUGAACUCCUGUGAGCUGGAGGACUACCUGUCCCAGGAGCCGCAGGGGCAGGGGGGGGUGACAGUCUGGCAGUUCCUGGACAUGGUGAACUCGGGGCGGUUCCUGCGCGGCAUCGACCAGGAGGCCGUCAGCAUGGCCGUGGAGGAGGUGUACCAGGAGGUCAUCGAGGACGUGCUCAAACAGGGCUACCUCUGGAAGAAGGGCCAGCUGAGGAGGAACUGGUCGGAGCGGUGGUUCACACUGAAGCCCAGUGUCCUGUCCUACUACAUGAGUGAGGAGAGGAAGGAGAAGAAGGGGAGCAUCACGUUGGACAAGCACUGCUGUGUGGAGGUGCUCCCUGACCGGGAUGGGAAGAGGUGCAUGUUCUGUGUGAAGACCUUGUCCCGCACCUACGAGAUGAGCGCCUCCGACACCCGGCAGCGCCAGGAGUGGACGCUGGCCAUCCAGACAGCCAUCCGGCUGCAGGCCGAGGGCAAGAAGUCCCUGCACAAAGACCUGAAGCAGAAGCGACGGGAGCAGCGGGAGCAGCGGGAGCAGCGGAAGGCGGCCAAGGAGGAGGAAACACAGCGGCUCAAGCAGCUCCAGGAGGAGAAGGAGAGGAAGCUGCAGGAGCUGGAGCUGCUGAAGGAGGCCCAGCGACAGGCAGAGAUACUCCUGCAGGAGGAGGAGCAGCGGCGGAGGCAGCAGCACGAGGAGAUGCAAAGGACCCUGGAGAUCCAGCUGCGGGAGGCCGAGCAGGCUCGUGCCUCCAUGCAGGCAGAGAUGGUGCUGAAGGAGGCAGAGGCAGAGCGGCAGCGCAAGCGCAUCCUGGAGCUGGAGGACAUGCAGGAGCGUCUCCAGGAGGCCCUGCAGCAGGAGGUGAAGGCACGGCAGGAUGAGGAGUCCGUGAGAUACGCACAGGCCAGGCUACUGGCUGAGGAAGAGGAGAAGCUGAAGCAACUGAUGAAGCUGAAGGAGGAGCAAGAGGAAUAUAUCAUCAAAACCCAGCGGGAGAAGCAAGUCCUGAAGCAGGAGAUGGAGAACAAGAACAAGUGUCUGGAAGAGGCGCAGAAGCAGCUGGAAGAAGUGAGGGUGAACAGGCAGCGGGUGGACCAAGACGUCAUGGCUGCCCAGCGGAAGCUGCGUCAGGCCAGCACCAACGUCAAGCACUGGAACGUCCAGAUGAACCGGCUGAUGCACCCCAUCGGGCCCGGAGAGAAGCGCACGAACGUGAGCGGAGGCUUCACUGGCUACCAACCCCUCCUCUCCCGGAGAGAUUCCUCCCUCAAACUCAAGCAGAAAGUGGAGGAUAAAAGCAGUGACCCCGUGAGGGACAACAGCAAGGACAGCGUGAGCAACGGUGGGAACAGCAGGGUGCCAGCCUCUCCAGGUGUGGACACCAUGGCCACAGAGCCCACCAAGUAG